AUGAUACCUAAUCGCGAAAAAUAACUAAAUUAAAAAGAGUUAGAAGCUUUAAAUCAAAAGAACAAAAUAGCAUCAAUAUUAAUUGAAGAUGCCUCAUUUAAUACUAUGAUCAAUAAAAAGAGGGCUGAAUUAAGUGACAAAGAAUUCCUUAAAUGGCUCGAUUAAAUAAAAAAGUCAGAUCAGCAGAAGAUGAUUCCCAUUAAAGAAGCUGGAUAGGAUAAACUUUUAGUUAGCAAACCUAAAUAAGGAAAUAUGAAAUAAACUUAAAAUCAUGAAUAACUAAAAUCUUUUGGCCAAUUGAAAUAAUAAUUAGAAUUAGAGAAUAUAUAGGCUCAAAUUAAAAAAAAUGCUUAGAAAGCACAAAACCAAAUAGAUCGGCAAAGAUUAGGUGAAUUUGCAACCAAAGAUAAUAAUACUAAAAAAAGAGUUGAAGAAAAUCAAAAAAUCCUAGAAGAAAUGUUAAAGGAAAAAUAAAAAGAAUAGGAAAGGCAGGAUUAUUUUAUUAAUGAAGAGAAAUAUAAAAAUUCUAAAUUGCAUGGCCAAGAUAAAGCCAAAUUUGAGAGCAAUCUUGAUAAGUUAAAGUAUCAAUCUAAAAAUACAAGCAAAGGCAAAUUAUUAACAAAAUCUUUUAUUCCAUCUCAUAAAAGAGAACUAUGA